GUGAAAGCGAGGCCAAACCGGGUUAUUUCUCUAGUCUGAAUACAACCCAGUGGUCUAAAAGGCACUGAAGAUAUAAUCUAGUUUGAGACUGCCUUAACUGCCCUAGCUCAGUGUUGGGGAAUCCUGGGAACUGUCGUUUUAGCUUUCUUUGUCAGAGAGACCUCUGUUGCCACAAUAAACUACAAUUCCCAGAAUCCCCUAGCACUGAGCCAGGGCAGUUGAAGCGGUCUCAAACUGGGUUAUUUCCUGCAGGGUGUUUUUGGACCAGAGUUGCACCAACUGUCUUCUGCAACAUGCAAAAAUUCAACAAGUAUAUCUUUCACGCCAUUAUACAUGGAAAGGAGAGAGGACAAUAUGAGCCUUGCAAAGUGCUAGAAGAAAAGGAAGCCUAAGAUUCUUCAACAUUCAGUACUUCUGGGAGCUCAGAGUUUUUCAGGAUGCCGUACCUUGGUUCAGAAGAUAUAGUGAAGGAGCUGAAGAGAGCAUUGUCUAACCCUCAUGUACAGACUGACCAUCUCCGCUAUAGGAAUGUUAUUCAGCGAGUGAUCAGGCAUAUGACACAAGGUGUAGAUGUGUCUAGUGUCUUUAUGGAGAUGGUUAAAGCUAGUGCCACUGUGGACAUUGUUCAGAAGAAGCUAGUUUACAUGUACAUGUGCACUUAUGCUCCAAUGAAACCAGAUCUAGCUCUUCUAGCCAUCAACACACUAUGCAAAGAUUGCUCCGAUCCAAAUCCUAUGGUUAGGGGACUUGCCCUGCGCAGCAUGUGCAGUUUCAGGAUGCCUGGCAUACAAGAAUAUAUCCAACAGCCAAUUCUGAAUGGUCUACGAGACAAAGCCUCCUAUGUAAGGAGAGUAGCUGUUCUUGGAUGUGCAAAGAUGCAGAAACUCCAAGGAGACUGUGAAGUGGAUGGUGCACUAGUGAAUGAACUGUAUAGUAUGCUUCGUGACCAGGAUCCUAUUGUGGUAGUGAAUUGUCUGCGAGCACUUGAGGAGAUUUUGGCACAUGAAGGGGGAGUUGUCAUCAACAAGCCAAUUGCACACCAUCUUCUUAACAGGCUGCCUGAUCUAGACCAAUGGGGACAGAGUGAGGUAUUGACUUUUCUGCUGCGCUACAAACCCCGCUGUGAGGAAGAACUCUUUGACAUCCUUAAUUUACUAGACAGCUAUCUCAAGAGUAACAGCUCCAGUGUGGUAAUGGCUGCAACUAAACUCUUCCUUGUGCUGGCUAGAGACUUUCCACAUGUGCAGACAGAUGUUCUUGUGAGAGUGAAGGGCCCACUCCUGGCUGCAUGUACCUCUGAAAGUAGAGAACUCUGUUUUACUGCAUUGUGUCAUGUGCGCCAGAUCUUAGACAGCCUUCCUGGCCACUUCAGCAGCCAUUACAAGAAGUUCUUCUGCUCUUACUCAGAACCAUAUUACAUCAAGUGCCAGAAAAUGGAGGUGCUGUGCAAACUGGUAAAUGAUGAGAACGUACAGCAGGUACUGGAGGAACUGAGAGACUACUGUACCGACAUCUCAGCAGAGCUUGCACAAGGAGCAAUCUUUGCCAUAGGAAACAUAGCAAGAACAUAUACAGAGCAAUGUGUAAGAAUCCUAACAGAACUUCUUGAGUUGAAACAGGAGCAUAUAACCUCGGCUGUGGUGCAGGUGUUCCGUGACCUGGUGUGGUUGUGUCCACAGUGUACAGAGAGCGUGUCUCAGGUUUUGUCUGGCUGUGAAGAGUCAAUCCAGGACAGUGAGGGCAAGCAAGCAUUAAUCUGGCUUCUUGGUGUGCAUGGGGAUAAGGUUCCCAGUGCCCCCUACAUCUUGGAAGAUUUUGUAGACAAUGUAAAAUCAGAGACAUUCUCAGUUGUAAAACUGGAAUUGGUAACAGCUUUGGUACGACUCUUCAUAACACGUCCAGCUGAGUGUCAGGAUAUGUUGGGACGAUUACUCCAUUACUGCAUAGAGGAGGAGAGAGAUAUGGCAGUUCGGGACCGUGCUUUGUUCUACUAUCGUCUUUUGCAAACUGGCAUGGAGGAGACAAAAAGGGUUCUGUACAGCCCCACAUCCGAUCAUUCUCUGCGGCUUUUGGAAGAGCAAGCUGAAAGCUCUGUGAAUGCAUGGGCCUCUGACUUCAACACUUUGGUGCCCAUAUACGGCAAAGAACAAUGGAUAGCGAUGACAGCUAGCCAGGUGACAGAUCUUCAUCAUGCUGACUCCUCUUGCAAAGACUCUGCCAUAAUGGGCAAAGACCCCCCAAUGACAGAAAAUAAGGAGCAGAUUUCUUCUGAUUACACCAAUUCAAGUGACCUUACGCUAAUGCCCAGUGUGUGUCUGACUGCUGAGCAAUUUGAGAGGACAUGGCUAAAUCUGGAUGUAGGUUGCCAGCAAUCUUUUCCAUGGCAAGAAAUGGUGCAGCCAGACAAUAUACAGGCUGCUUUGCAGGUUGUUCAUAUCCAGACCAUUGCAAUGAGCAAGGCUGGUUCCCAGUUGUGGAAGGCCUACCUGGCGGCCCAGGACAACACUGGCUGCCUUUUCCUGACCGAAUUGCUGCUUGAACCCAGAGGAGUAGAGAUGCAAAUGUUGGUGAAGCAGAGUGAAAAUAAGCCUGAACCACUGCAGGCCUUCCUCUCAAUCUUGAAGACUGUGCUGGGGACAGUAGCAGGACUGACAACAUGAUUUUUUAUACCUCUGGUAUUAGUCAUAUAUGGGAAGAUCCAAAACCUCUUUUUGUAUGAUUUACUUUACUGCAUUCUUCAAGUUAAGGUACAGCUUUUAUGAAAUGUCAGUAAAGCCUUUGCACAACU